UUUCCACGAAAUAAAAAAAAACAUACGAACGUACAAGCAACUGCUUUCAAAAGGUUACAUCACAUUUAGAUCAUCAGCCCAAUUUCGUUAGAAAUAGCAUCUUAUCAUUUUGGCGAAUAUAUAUAAUCAAUGAUUAUGAAUUAUUAAUCAUAAACCAAAACAGAAAUCAGUGCGAAUCAGUUGCCAAUGCAAAAAUAUAUAUUCAAGCUGUAGUUCUCGACACAAAAACAGUUCAGCAUCUUCAGUUCACUUCUCAAAAUAUUCAAGAUCAAAAAUAAAAGAUGGAUCUAUCGGUGGAUUGGAAAAAGAUAAUGCAUGAAAUGCUUGAUGCGUUCGAUCGCCAGGAAACAAUUUCAUUGGGAAAAAUAAAAAAGGCAUUUAAAAGCAAUGGCUCAUCGAUCAACGAUGAAUUCAAGCAAUAUUUUCUACGCGUUUCAAAUGAUCGGAUCAAGAAUACGUACGAUGAAUUCGAAAUAAAUUCAAAGUUGGAGGAUUCGAAUGCGUCAGCAACCGAUGAAUAUCCAAACUCAUUUCAAGCUCGAAGUCAUGGCAUGAACAAUGUCCAAAAAACAACCAAUGACCCGGUUGAAAUCAUUGACAUAAGUGACGAAGAUGAUUCAACAUAUGAAUUAAAUAAAUAUAUUAAAUAUGACGAAGAAGAUAGCCACAGCGAAAUAUCAGACAUGAAUUCAAACGACUUUGUUUGUGAAGAAGAAUUCUCGAAGAGCGAAGAUGAGGAUUGCAUCGAUAAUGAAAUGGACAACCCGAUAAAGGUGGAGAAAAUUGAACUGGAUGUUGGCAUUCCGGUAGUCGACGAUACCGAUGUACACCAUGCUAUAAACACAACGAGCAAAGAUACAUACACUUUGAGCAAUGAAUCAAAUACUGUCGAUUGUGCCACAGCAAAUAACACGAUAGGCAGUUCAAAUGAUCGAAGACAAGCUGAACCGGGCUUGGCUCCAGAGCCAUUGCGAAGAGAAAACCCAACUUCAUCAAACUCAGCGAAGCGAUACAAAUGCGGAUAUUGUGAAUAUUCGAACAAGUACAAGUCACACCUGGAUCGACACGUGCGUACUCAUACCGGCGAGAAACCGUAUCAAUGUAAUAUAUGCCACAAAGAAUUCGUCCAAUUGCAUAAUAUGAAAAAGCAUAAAACGACUCACAGCAGUGAAUAUCGAUUCCAUUGUUGCGGUUGUUUCAUUGGAUUUUCGAAGAAGAGCGAAAAAGAUGCACACGAAAAAGUGUGCAGAUCGCGUCGGUAUGAGUGCCAUAUCUGCAAGAAGCUUCUCACUCUGAGUAAAAAUCAGCUGAUAAGACAUAUGCGACAGCACAACGGUGAAAAACCGUUUAUAUGCAAGAUUUGUAUGAGAAGUUUUACGUUGAAGAAUAAUCUGCGGAGACAUUUAAACACCGUCCACGCCAGAAAAAAUCCACUACCCUACUCAAGAAGGGCUCUUUCAUCAUGAAAUAUUGUGGAAAUCAAAUUUUAUGGCAUUUCUCCAGAGAAGAGUUGGCUAAGCUCUUGGGGGACCAUUUAGCGAUGAACUAUCGGUAUGAAACUUUACCAACAAAUUGAAAAGUAUCUAGGGUGAGAGCGAUAAAACAACAUCAA